AUGCAGGAAACGGAGACGACAAAAACACCGCAGCAAGCCGGGGGGGAAGCCCAGCCAGUUGGCAGACUCUACGAAGUCUGUGACCGUUUCGACUUCCGGGCCAACCUCACGAGCGGCUAUCGAAGCUUACCCACGACACAGCAGAUCGGCAGACUGAAUGAUUUCCAAGGUGCGAGCUGUCCGCUAUGCGCGCUCAUCCAUGCUCGUGCCGCUGCCUUGUUUGGUGAGGCUGAGGUCCGAAACCAUGCCCAUAGUAUGAUCUCGAUCCAGGCUCGGCUAUCAUCCACGCUGUUGGAUCUCAGUUCAAUCGAACCAUUGCCGCGCUUACGAUUCUUUAUGCCUGAACAGGAGGGGGCGCGUCAUGGAACGACACUCGUCAUCUUGGAACCGGACAACAGUUACAUGGAUCCGCCCUUCGGUGACUGCGCCGAUGCUGCGGCGAGAAGACCCAUCAUCUCACGUGUGUCGGUCCCAAUGCUCCGCUCCUGGGUCGAAGCCAGCUUCGAGCUCGACCAUAAUCUUGAGGACUGGACACUCGGGAAUCCAGCACACUGUGUCGGAACUCUGAAAAGGCUGAUUGAACAAAAGAAGUUCCGAGUCCUUGACGUGUCUACUCAUGAUGUCGUAGCAUUGCUGAAGACCGAGCGUUAUGUUGCUCUGUCGUAUCUAUGGGGCUGCACAGAUCCGACCGUUGCAGUGGAUCGCCGUGCAGAAACAUACACCAGAAAAGAUGGUAUUGUCUCCUGGAGAGUGGACAUGAUGAAGGCUCCGGCAACAAUCUCUGAUGCCGCAUCAGUAGUCAAACAGCUUGGAGAGAAAUACCUUUGGGUGGAUGCGGUCUGCAUUGAUCAAACCAACAACCUUGACAAGGCCACUAUUAUAAGAGAGAUGGGAACAAUCUACUCGAACGCUUACUUCACCGUCGUCGCUGCCAAUAAUUCCGGAGCUGGCGCUGGCUUGACAAGAUUUCGCGGGACCGAGGCCGAACGAACGCUUGUGUUUGACCAGGCCAACAAGCGUGUAGGUCUUCUACCGGGCUCAAGUGAGAUGGUUACGACAUGGUCGCGUUCUGACUGGAACCGGCGAGGGUGGACCUACCAAGAACGAGUUCUGUCCGCGAGGUGUAUCUUGUUCACGGACCGUGAGGUGCUGUUCACCUUACGUGGGCGAGUGGUUCGGCGCGAAGCGUUUACGGUCCAUAAAAACCCGAAGCUCUUGCAUGGUAAGGCUCUGCAGGAGUGGUCGGAGAAUUUGAAGCCCGCAUCUGGCGACAGCUUCAGUAGAUACUUCGCUGCCGUCAAGGAAUUCACCGCUAGGGAUCUUCGGCAUAAAGGAGAUAGGCUGGAUGCCUUCUCUGGGGUCCUUCAACUCCUUGUUGGCGACGAGCAGACGAUGGAGGAAACCGAGGCGCUCAGCGGGCUCGUUGUCUGUCGGAGCACCCACGCUGACUCGGUCUAUUUUCAUUUUGCUGAGGCUUUGCUAUGGCGACGGAUAGGCUACGAUAAUGAGCCUGUUAAUCCCAAGGAGUACUACUGGGAGAGCACUGCCAAGCUGGAGCUGGGUUGGCUGGUCGGGCGCAGUCGUCGUUUUCUACUUUCAGAUGCCGGUGUCAACGCUUCGCCCCGUGGUUCUCGAUCCCGCCAAUAUCCAGUGUAUCGAUAUGGAGGCCGCAACAGACGGGCAAUGGCCGUAUGA